AUUCAGAGGACGCAAGACGGACGUCCUGGGAAACUAAAGCAGAGAUUACCUGACACGGGCCGCGGCGGUCCGGUCAAAAAAACACUGCCGUCUGGAAAGCGUCCUCCUGGUAUGUCGCCAGGGACGACGAUUACAACCAAACCGUCUAACUCUUACGUGGCCGACACCCAACCACAACCCCAGUUUGGAUGGACACCAUGUAAACGUGCCAAUCCUCAGAAGGAGACAUCGGAGGAGGAGAAGGAGGAGGAGCAAGACGAGCCUAAAGUGAAGAAGCCAGACAAGUGUCUUCAGAAACAGAGAAGCAGGAACGUCAGCAGAAGCAUCUCCGUGGAGGAACCACAGCUCUUCAUCCCCGACAACGCUCCUGCCGUCGCGAAGAAGGAAACCAGUGAGGAAGAACAGGCUAAAGAAUCCGGGAAGGGACCAGAAAAGGAACCCGCAAAUAGUGAGACCGUUGUGUGGGAUCCAAACAAGAACUGUGGAUUGUGCAAUAAACCUCAUAGUAACAAGUUCAUGGUGGGCUGUGGGCACUGUGAUGACUGGUUCCAUGGGGACUGUGUUGGUCUGGACCUGGCCAAGGUGAAGCAGAUGGAGGGGGGGGACCAGGAGUAUGUCUGUCUGCAGUGCUGUACCAAGGACCAGUACACCACCACCAAGGAGCCAGGUGGUGCUGGGCAGGKGGAGKCCAGGACAGAGGGACAGCAGAAGCCCUCUGAGACCCAGGACAACAAGAUGGCCGCAAAGCAGAAACAGCCAUCCCCACAUCCUGUCACCUCCGGGGGAGUCAGGCCCUUCAGAAAGGACUCUGUGGAAAGAAAACAGUCGACUGAAGUCAAAGAUUCAAAUCAGAAAUCAGGAGUGUCAGUCAAACAGGAGACCAAGAGGCCCAAGGUGUCGUCUCCCUCCUCUAAGAAACCCGUGUCUGUUGACCAGAUCAGACGGAGCGUCCGUGACGCCCUGAAGGACAUCCUCCURAAGAGGCUGAAGGAGUCUGAUUUCCAGGCGUCACCAGAGAAGGCUGCUGAGGUGGCCAAGAAGACUGAGAGAGAGCUGUUUGCCUUCUACARAGACACAGACUGCAAAUACAAGAGCAAGUACCGGAGCUUGAUGUUCAACCUCAAAGACACCAAAAACAAUGUGUUAUUCAAGAGGGUUCUGAAAGGGAGAUUUCUCCUGGCACUUUGAUAAGGAUGAGUCUGAGGAACUAGCCUCAAAGGACUGGCUGCAUGGAGACGAGAGAGACUCGACACACGAUUGAGAUGAUUGAGAAGGAGCAGAGAGAGGUGGAGAGGCGACCCAUCACCAAGAUCACACACAAAGGAGAGAUAGAGAUUGAGAGCCAGGAGUCUGGGAAGGAGCCAGAGGCCAUAGAGCCGGAGCCAGAGCCUGUGGCUGCUCCAAAGUGACAGAGGAGCCAGUGGAAGUUCCCCAAGAGAAGACGUUGUCGACAGCAACCGAGAGCCAAUAUUUUCAAGAUACAACCAGUCUGCAUAAGACUCACCUGUUUGACCUCAACUGUAAGAUCUGCACAGGUCGUAUGGCUCCACCUGUGGAGGAGGCUCCUACCAAAGUGGUGAAAGUGGCCACUAGUGUAGUGAGGAGACGGUCUGCUACCAGCACUACAGAGGCAGUGACCAASAACACACMGUCUACUACCACUACCUCCAGCACUACAGAGGGACAGACCAAGAACACACUGUCUGCCACCACUACCUCUACAGAGGAAGAGACAACCUCCUCCUCCUCCUCAUCUGCUAAGGACGACGACCUUCAUCUCAAAGUCCUAGAGGAGAGCCUCCUCAGCGCCAAAAUCAUCUCCAACUAUGAGAGGAGGUCAGUGUCUAUGAGUGGCAGAGAUGGCGAGGCUUCCUUCCUGUCCAACCUGCAGCCUCUAUGGAGAGGGCUUGUCAACAUGCCUGCUGUGGCCAAGCUCCUCACUAAAGCCUUCCCUGUAUCAGGUGUCCUGGACCACCUGACAGAGGAUCUGCCAGAGAGUUUCAGAUGGGUGGGAGGAUCUCCCCACAGAUCGUAUGGGACUACCUGGACAAGAUCAGAGCACUGGAACAAAGGUACGUUCAAAGUGUA